UGGGUAAAGACAAACUUUUGCGCUGUUGAUGCAACAUUCGAAAAACGUUACGCACGGUGACCGUUAGACGCAGUGACUCGCAGCGGAUCGACAAACAGCUCAGCUUUGCACAGUGAGGCAAACGGUUUUUAAACUAUUGCGCCACUUGAACUGUUAUUACUCUACGCGCUAUGCUGAAGAAUUUUAAACACAUUUGAUAAACAUUUAAUGUAAAUAAGUGCUAUUAGAACUUCUUGAUAGACUUGGUGGAAAUUUUGGUGAAGUGUUGCUGAAUUUUCUAAAAGUGUUUUAUUCAACGCAGAACUUUUACAAAGAAGAAUUUUAAAAAAUUAAAAAAAAAGCAAGAACAGAAACUGAAUAAAAUAAAGAACUGCUGAAUUUUAAUAUUUUCGCUGGAGAAUUUUUUACGAAUAUUUUUCAAUAUUCGCCCUGUUUUAACCAUAAAAACACCAGCAAAGCCAUACCCGUACAAAUACAGAUAGCAAAUAAGGAACGCCUAAGCUUUGGGUGGUGGAAGAAAGCAGCGCGAUAGGAGAGGUCGCGGAAUUUUCUCUAACUCAUUCUGCAAAAAAGCGGAUAUUUUAUACAACUGCGCUACCUGUUUGAACAUAAAUUGUGCAAUUGUUGAAUUCACACUCAAUUACAACAACUGAAACCUACAAUUUGAAAUAAAAUAACAACAAAAACUGCAUAACCGUCCAUCAGCAAAAGCUGAAUCUGCCUUUGAGUGGCAUUGCUUGGUUUUCCCUUGAAAGUCAUGAAGCUUUUAAUAACGUUUUAUAAAUAAACUGAAAACAAAACAAAAAUCAAAAACCAUAAAAAUAGUGCGUGGCAAUCCACAUACCAAUCCCUAGUAUAGUGCCAAUAGCAGCACUCUAAAAAGGCAAGAUCAAAUAAAACCACGAAAAAAAAGAGGAAGAGAUAUAUUUAUAAAAAAAUUUUAAAGUAAGCCGUGCAGACUUGAUUGUUGCACUUGGAUAUUUUUGUACGAAGUGAACGGGAUUUAUUCACCAGGCAUAAAGGUGGUAAUAGUACAAAAUGGGUAGGAAAAAAAUACAAAUAUCACGCAUCACAGAUGAGCGCAACCGACAGGUUACUUUUAACAAACGCAAAUUUGGCGUUAUGAAGAAAGCCUACGAGCUGUCGGUUCUGUGUGAUUGUGAAAUCGCCCUUAUCAUUUUCUCAUCAAGUAACAAAUUAUAUCAAUACGCUAGCACUGAUAUGGACAAAGUCCUGCUCAAAUACACCGAAUACAAUGAGCCACAUGAGUCACUUACGAAUAAGAAUAUAAUUGAGAAGGAGAAUAAAAAUGGCGUCAUGUCACCGGAUUCACCCGAACAGGAGGCCGAUUUCACACUCACGCCCCGCACCGAAGCCAAAUACAAUAAAAUCGACGAAGAUUUUCAGCUAAUGAUUCAACGGACUCAAAUGGCCGGUGCAAGCGCAUCCGGGCGUAAUCUCGGCAAUACGAACUACACGCUGCCGGUGUCGGUACCAGUGCCGGGAGCCUACGGUGAUGCCAUGCUGCAAGCGAGUCCGCAAAUGUCUCACACAAAUAUCAGCCCACGGCCGUCGAGCUCAGAGACCGACUCAGGUGGGAUGUCGUUAAUAAUUUAUCCAUCGGGUUCCAUGUUGGAGAUGUCAAACGGUUAUCCACAUUCACAUUCGCCGCUUGGUGGAUCGCCCAGUCCAGGACCGAGUCCAGGUUUAGCACAUCAUUUGUCCCACAAGCAACAGUCGCCGGGCGGCCAAAAUGGACGUGCUUCCAACCUACGACUCGUCUUACCAACACCACUUGCUCAAAAUAUGUCAGCUACAGAUGAGAUUACCUAUGGAGAUCAGCGACACAAUCAGGCAUCACUCAAUACGCCCGUGGUGACGCUGCAGACGCCAAUACCCACCAUGACCAGCUAUACGUUUGGACCGCAAGACUUCUCGAUGAGUUCCUCCGAUGUAAUGAGUUUACAGCCAUGGACCACACAUCAGGGACUCGUACAGCACUCGGGUCUCCCCCACCUGGCCGUACCGAAUAGCACACCACCGCCUGCCACCUCGCCCGUCUCGAUCAAAGUCAAAUCCGAGCCACAAUCACCGCCACGCGAUCUCUCUGGUUGCCAUCAUCAGCAGAACAGUAAUGGCUCGGCGGGAAGCAGCGGCAGUGGAAGCGGUGGCGGGGGUGGAGGCGGCGGAGGAUCGUCAAACAACGUUUCCACCUCCAAUGCGCUCUCUCUUGCCAAUAUGAAUGCGGCGGCGGUGAUAGCGGGCAGCACUGGUGCCAACGGUGGCGGCAACUCAGCGUCCGAGCAAGCUGCUAAUUUGAGUGUUCUAAGUCAUCCGCAACAGCACCUGGUGAUGCCCGGUUCAAGACCUUCCUCCACAGGCCAUCUAACGCCGACGCAAGGAGUGCUAGAUAAAUAUGAAGGAUAUCAAUACCGCUCGCAACUGGGGUCGAAUUCUAGACUAUGGAAUUUCGCCGACUUUAUAAUUUUCAAUACAGGUUCGGUCACCCCCACCAAUGUGCCAUCGCCCGAUCUACGGCUAACAGCCAAUCAACAGGCGCAACAUCAGCAGCAACAGCAACAAGCGCAACAACAACAGCUAAACGACUAUGAUGGGCCGAAUCAGGCGCACAAGCGUCCACGCAUCUCCGGCGGCUGGCCAACAUAGCCUGU